AUGUCUAGGAGAAACAAGAAAGGAAUUCUCAAGCAACUUAAUGUGCAAGUGUCAUCAGAGGAAGUUCCAGAACUUGUUAAAUCUCUUGAUGUUGAAAGUUUUCCAGCUUUUAAAAACGUCAAAGAUUUAUUUCAGCAAAAAUCCAUAAAAACUAUAUAUUGCAUUGGAAUUGGUGAUCCAUGCAAAAAUUUAGCUGCUAGAUAUCAAAUAUCAUUUAUAAUAAAAAUUGCAAAGGAAUUAUCAAUCGAAAAAUUGAAAUAUUAUGAUCCUUGUACAUGUUCUGACUGUUUGCCGAUACUUUCUCAAAUGGGAUUUGAAGUUUUGUCAGAAAAUUCUGAAGGUGUUUAUAAUUCAGAAGAAAAUACAGCAUUUUACUUACCGCAUUGUCCAGCAUUUCUAUAUCAUAACCUACUUGCCUCAAAUUUAUCGCUAGAAAAGUUCAAAAAUUUAAUAAUCAUUGGUAAUUCUUUUGAAGAGCAUUCUAAGAAGGCCAAAAUCGGUGAAGUAACAUACAAGUCUCUAAUAGAGGAAACAUUUAAUAAGAAAUUUAUCAUUGAACAGCAAUUAAACUUUAAUGAUAAUCUAUUCUUUUAUAAUACAUCAUCAAUGAUUGCAAAUGCUGAAGGACUACCUGAGAAAGAUGAUCCAUUCUGGAAUAAGCGGGAAUUGCUUCCUAAUACAAUAAAUUAA